AUGAUUAUCUACACUGACAUCGUUUCCGGUGACGAGAUCGUCGCCGAUACCUUUAACCUCGUGCCCAACAAGGACUUCGAUGUUCUGUGGGAGUGCGACUGCCGCAAGUACCUGAAGCGUGCCAACGAGGACUUCCAGCUCGAGGGUGCCAACCCCUCCGCUGAGGAUGCUGAGGAGGAAGGUGGCGAGGGUGAGGCCACUAUGGUCCACGAUAUCGAGGACCAGUUCCGUCUGGUCUGGCUCAAAGCUGAGGAUGGUGCCAAGCCCUCCAAGGAAGAUUACAAGAGUCACUUGAAGCCUUACCUCAAGAAGCUCCACCAGAAUGCCAUGCCCAAGUUCGCUGCCGCUGAGAAGCCCGCAGAUGCUGAGAAGGAAUGGAAGACCAAGGCCGCCGGCGCUAUGAAGAAGAUCCUUGCCAACUGGGACAACUACGAUGUCAUGAUGGGCCAGUCCACCGACGGCGCAGCCAUGUACGUCCUGAUUGACUUCCGUGAGGAUGGUGUCACCCCUUACGCUACCGUCUGGGCCGACGGUCUCAAGCCCAUCAAGGUUUAA